CAGAUUCUCUGCUGCGAUCCCCGGCCUCCUCGACGGAGUCUUGAAAGCUCUCGCAGCUCUGGUCGCCAAACCCUUUGCGGGUCUUCUUGACGUGAUCUCCACCAUGUGCAAUCAGAUCAUCUCCGCUGGCUCUUUCUCCUCUUCCGAGCGAUGGAAGCAAGUUCGUCCUGCUCGCUCCUUCGGCUCCUCCAAGGCCCUCAAGCCGCUCGUCUACCAGCAGUCUCACGCCAUCCAGGUCCUGAUGAAGAUCGAUGGCGGCAAGUACUCCAUGGGAGGAGCGAUCGACGUCUUCGACCUCGCAGCUGGAGGGCAGCUCAUCAUUACCCCCCUUUACCUCGUCUGUGUUCAUCCGAGGAGCCCCAAGCACGCGCUGUGGUCGCUUCCAAUGCGGGAGAUUCUCUUUGCGGAGAUUGCAACCCCGGAGGACGAGAAGAACCUGCGGGACUUUGUGGAGGAAGAAGUUUAUGAUCGGAACGUGUGGGUGAUCCUCUCCUGCUGCUCCUCCUCUCAAGCCGCAGAGGAAGCGAGUAGACGUGCCUCUAUCAUCUCCUCAGGCUCCGGCCCCAUCAACAAGAAAACCGGAGCAUUCCGGUCGUACAUCGUUCAGUUCACAUCCGAGCGAUCAGCUCAAAGACUUCAGAGAGUCCUUCAUGACAUGUUCGAGUUGCACUCCAGCAGGAUUGCGUUCAAGAUAUGAAUUGAAGAGCAUAUCGCCUCAGGGUUACUUCCUUUCUUUAUUCCAGCAAACUGUAUUUUACACAAAAUUCGAUCGCAAACUC